AUGAGUUCUAAGUGGCUGAGUAAGGCUUUUAUGAAGAAGAUUUGUAAGAACCCUAAAAUCAAGUUGAGAACUUUGAUAAGGAAGGCUCAUAGCAAAUGGAAUGUUGAUCUCACAAAGACCAAAGCUGCCAAAGUGAAGCAGCAAGCCUUGGAUGAGAUUAAUGGUACUUAUGGAGAGCAAUAUAGGAAGAUUCAUGACUAUGCUGCCGAGUUAUUGAGGUCGAAUCCGAGUUCCACUGUUCGGAUGCAAGUGGAGAGACCUCCUGAGUUUCAACUAGAGACAUCAAUCCCUGGUAAUGACAUGAGACCACGAUUUGAGAGGAUCUAUAUCUUCUUGGAUGCUUGCAAACGGAGUUUCAUGGUGUGCAGAACCAUGAUCGGCCUUGAUGGAUACUUCAUCAAGACUCCAUAUGGGGGUCAACUUCUAACAGCCAUUGAAUGGGACCCCAACGAUCAGAUUUCGCCAAUUGCCUAUGCUAUUGUUAAAGCAGAGACAAAAGACUCGUGGACAUGGUUUUUGUUGAAUCUGUGUGAUGAUUUGGGAGUUGAUAAGAUCAGAUGGUGUACAUUCAUGAGCGACCAACAAAAGGGAUUGACUCCUACCUUUGAUGAGUUGCUACCUGCAUAUAUCACAGGUUUUAUGUUAGGUAGGGACAAGUAUGAGGUAUCUAGCAGUCAGGAUAAUAGAGACAAAUUUGUUGUGGACUUACAGUUACAUGAGUCCUCCUGUAGAGAGUUUCAACUAACAGGUUACCCAUGUGAGCAUGCCAUGAGUUGCAUUAGGAAAAUGUGUUUAGAUGUUAAGAACUAUGUGAACAAGUGCUAUAAGAAAGAGACCUACGUGGACUACUAUCAACAUGUAAUCUACCUAGUGAAUGGACUAAAUCUCUGGGCCCGGACUGAGAAUGAUGAUGUGCUGCCACCAGUGUUUAGGAAACCAAUAGGGCACCCAAAACUAAGUAGGAACAAGACUAGUGAUGAGUCACGCAACAAUGGACCACUAGCUAAAUUAUCCAAGGAUGUACAACAACAAAAAUGCUCCUAUUGUUUUGCACUUGGUUACAACAAAAGAACCUGCCCUAAAAAACAUAAGGUGGAGGCCUUGGCAAAAAAGCAUAAUGCAGCUCUACAAGCCAAGAAAAGUGCUGGCACAACUGGGAUUCCAAACCCCAGCAAGAACCCAGCAAAGAUAACAAAACUUUAA